AUGUGUGGAGCGCCGAACCCCCCACCCCCCGUCACCGCAGCCGAGACCCUCCCGCCGGCCCUCGCGACCGAGUUCUCGCGCUUCACCCUCGAGCAAUGGUACCCGCUCGUGGAAGCGCACACGCCGCGGACCACACUCCUCCCUCUGUCCCGCGACACUGCCGCGCAGGUGCUGUCGGCGCACGGGGCCGCGCGUGCGCUGCCUGACGAGCGCGUCGCGGACUUAUCGCCGCUCAGCGACGCCGAGGCGGUCUUGCGCUCUACCCUGCUCCCCGAGCUGCAGGCCCACCUCGCCCCCUUCGCCUCCGCGUUCGUCAAGUCCGCCGGCCGGAGCCCAAAGGACGCCGUACUCCGCUCUGGCCGCCUCCGCGCGUCGUACGAAGCGGCGAUGCUUGCGCAUGUCGCCGACGCGCCCGCGCUGGCGGCGCUGACGCCGAACGACCGCCUCGGGCUCUUCCUCGCUGCUGGGGGGGACGCGUUGCGCCACGUCCCCGGCGACGGCGCGCGCCUCCUCCGCCUGCUCGUGCUCUCGGAGCGCGUGGCGGACGACCUGAGGAUCGCGCUGCGUAUGCGCGUGAUGCCUGCCCUCGUGUUCCGUGAAUGGAAGCCGACGCGCGUCGACGCCGAGUUCCGCUUGUUUGUUGUGCACGGCACGCUGACAGGGAUCACGCAGUACCUGCACACGUACUUCUCCCCACUGCUUGUAGCCAAGCAGGCCGCCGUGCGUACCCUGCUCAGCGCGUACUUUGCCCAGCUUGGCCCCUUGCUGGCCCAGUACGACACGUACGCGCUCGACGUCGCGAUCGGCGGCUUUGGGCCCGACGAGGCUGCCUGGCAGCCCUACGUGCUCGAGGUCAACCCCUUCUUCGAGGCCACGGGCGACGGGCUCUUCACCGACCCGUCGGGGCAGGACAUCAUCCACGGGCGCUGUGUGGGGGCGCAGUAUCCCGUCAUGAGGGUACAAGAGAGGCCGCAGGGCCUGACGGUGAUGGACCGUAAGUGGCGGGAUAUGAUGAGCGCUGCCGAGGCCGCCGUGCGCGCACGCCUCGAGGCGGGCUCUGCGGGUCAGUAG